CAUUUGCGGGAGGAGAACAGCUUUAAUUAUAUGCGCUUUAACAACAUACCGGUUGAACACGUGUGCUUAAUUCAUAAUUACCAUAUUAUGGUUACUAGUGGUUGAAUAUAAUCAACCGGGAUAAAGGAACAUGAUGCGGAUCAUCCGCUGUGAUAGAACUCUAGCAGGCAUUUUCUAUCUCGUUAUAGUGUUAGGGUUGACAAACUCGAGCGAACUAGAUGAGCAAAAGUUGAGACGCGCCAAUCUUAAACGUAACAGGAGAAUUCAGGAUGAAUACAUCGUCACACUGUCUCCAGAUGCAACCGAUGCAGAAGUUUCUGAUCACCUUAAUCGAACUAAAGGCAAAUUUCAAGAUGUUGAUGACGUCCAUGUAGGAGAUAGAAAGAAGAACAAUAAAUGCGGUGGAAGGAGAAGAGGACCCCUUAUGUCAGUAGGGACAUACAAGGCAUACGUCAUAACAUGUUUUAAAGAAAAGGACCUAGAACUCAUCAUAUCUGACAACAUUGUGGCAAAAGUUGAGGAGCAACAGAUCAUUCGAGUAGAUAAAUCGUGUACUAAUGUAGAUACACAAUCCAGAGGUCUCUGGAACCUGGACCGCAUAAACCAGAAGUCAUCAGUCUUGGAUAAUAUCUAUAACUCAUCCCAAGGAGUCGGUGUGAAUGUUAAUAUAUAUAUCGUUGACAGUGGAAUACAAAAAGGACACCCAGAGUUCGGUGGGAGAGCAGAAUUUGGUGUGAAUUGUCUGAACAGUUACGACACUCCUACGGAUAAAGAUGGCCAUGGUACACACGUAGCAGGCAUUGCAGCUGGACUUACUGUUGGCGUAGCACGAGGUGCCACUUUGAUUGCUGUAAAGGUUUCAGAGAACAGCGAAGCAACAACAUCAUCUGUGACUGCUGGUAUAACAUGGGCAGCUAACGAUGCAGCAGAACGGAAUAAGCCGGCAAUACUUAAUUUAUCUAUAGGGUGGCCUAAAGAAGACCACGAUCUUAACCAGUUAAUAGCCCAAGUGGUGAAAAAGGGGUUAAUUGUCGUAGUUGCUGCCGGAAACGAAGCCAGUGAUGCAUGUGAUUACACGCCGGCUAAUGUACCAGACGCGAUAACUGUAGCAUCGAGUACGAAAUAUGAUGAGUUAGCAGCAUCUUCAAAUACGGGCAUGUGUGUCGAUAUUAUUGCCCCGGGUGAAAAGGUUCUUUGCCCAGAUCUACAUGGGUACACCAUUCAUUCAGGUACAUCGUUUGCAACACCUCUUGUGAGUGGAGUUAUCGCGGCAAACCUAAAUGGUUCACAUAACUUAGGUAACCCAUCACCAUAUGUUGUGGCUAACUGGCUCGAGGAAGGAAUGCUUGAUGGCGUUGUUGAUGUCAAGGCCACGGGUACUGCAAAUAUACUUCUCUUUGGAGAACCAUGUUAUGACUGAUAGGACGUUAUAAGGCAAUAAUCUUAGAUUGCCACAUCUACAUACAUCUAAGAAGAGUUCGUCACAUGAAUUUGUGUGUAGAUCAGUGAUUCAGGAAAUAUAAAACAUGAUUCUG